ACAAAAAUCUUGCCGUUUUAUUUGACUCGCCUAGAUUUUAGGUUUUUUACACAAGGAGAACAUUUCUGUUUACCUACACACUACGCAGCGAGAAAUGUCCGGCGAAUCGGCGGUUACGGCUAUGGAGACAACGGAGAGGGCGACGGCGAACCAAAGUUCCUUUAAAAAUAACUCGAAUAACGGCGAUACAACAGAUAUGGAGCUCCAGAUUCUUGCAGCUAUGCGAUCCCGCGUAACCUACCUCAGAAACAAAGCAGACUCGGUGACCUUCGCGAGUGUGCGGAGGCUUCUGGAGGAAGACAUGGGAUUGGAGAAAUAUGCGUUGGAUGCGCAUAAGAGCUUUGUCAAAGACAAUUUGGUUAAGGUAUCCUUUCCCUUUGUCUAUACUGUUUUGCCAUCUGAGCGCACAUAUGUUUCUUUCUUUAUGGCAGUGCUUAGAGGAUCCUGGUGAUGCUGAUGGCGCUUCAGAAAACCCUCAGGAAACUGAGAAGAAAGAUGAUUUGACUCCAGUCAAAGAAGAAGCAGUUGCUUUGGAAGAGCAAGAGCAAGAGCAAGAGGUGAAGAACGAUGUAAGGGAAGAAACUGUUGGUGAUGAGGGGAAUAGAGAAGCCCUGAUGAGUGAUAUAAAGAGAGCCCUUCACAAAAGAGCGUCUUAUAUUAAGGCUAAUUCAGAGGAAAUUACAAUGGCUUCACUUCGUCGACUUUUGGAGGAAGAUCUUAAACUAAAGAAAGAUUCUCUUGUUCCCUUCAAGAAGUUCAUCAACAAAGAACUAGAUGCUGUGCUACAAAUUCCUGACCCUCCUAAGAAAAAGGUCAAGAGCACAGCAUCUAAGAAGGUUGGCAGUGAAGAUGAUUCUGAUUCAGAUUCUGGGGAAGUGGCUGUGAAGAAGACUCUGACCCAGAAAAGAAAACGAAAAAUUGAUAGUGGCAAACCGGUGGCUGGGAAAAAGAAAGCAAAACAUACGGAAGCAGAUUCAGAGAACGAUAGUGAUGCAGGAGAUAGUGAAAUGAAGGCAGAAAAACCGUUGAAGCAGCAGGGAAAGGAGACUGCAAUAACUGUGUAUGGAAAGCGUGUCGACCAUCUCAAAUCGGUCAUCAAAUCUUGUGGGAUGAGUAUUCCUCCUGUCAUAUACAGGAAAGUCAAGCAGGCUCCUGAAGAGAAACGUGAGGCUACUUUAAUAGAAGAACUUGAGCAGAUACUCGCCAAAGAAGGGCUGUCUUCAGAUCCUUCAGAGAAAGAGAUCAAAGAAGUGAAGAAAAAGAAAGAAAGAUCAAAAGAGCUUGAGGGUAUUGAUACAAGCAACAUUGUAUCGAGUUCAAGAAGAAGAUCUGCCACAAGUUUUGCACCUCCUCCAAAGCCGAAAAUAACAAGUGAAAGCGAGAGUGACGAAGAAGAGUCCGAGAAUGGAGAGGAUAACGAAGAAGAGGAAGAGGAAGGUAAUGAAGAAACGGGGGAAGGAAGCCAAAGCGAAGAAGAAUCAAACAACGAUGAUGAUGGUGGAGAGGAAAGCGAAUGAUUUGUAUGCUUGCUAGUGUUCUACCGUAAGAAAUCCAUCAUCCGUUAGCUAAAAUCUGUCUGUAUCUGCUACUGUAGUGACAUUUUGUUCCUUUUUUAAUUUUUCUGUAGCAAAUGGAUUUGAACACAAGUUGGAUAAAGGAAAGACACUAGAGAUUAGGAUGAAUAUUAAGCAUAUCAACUAGCUAAUAUUAUGUCA